UAAAGUUUGAAUUUAAAAGAAAAGAUGAUACUUCCUUGGUUUCUGCUGUUAUGCGGAAUUUUGAGUACUGCUGCUGCUCCCGAUAAUAGCACAUCCACGGAGGUUGUGGAUCCCCUGGCGGAGGCCGAUGAACUGGAAACGGCCACCCUGAAGGCAUACCUCGCCCAAUACGAUAAGCAGUGCAGUGGAAAUAGCGAGCUAUCCAGCUGGCUGGAAAGGAUACGGCGGGCUUCCAAGAUGAGCAAAAACCAGUUGGCCGAAAAGAUCCAGGUUCGGAUCGGCUUCGAGACCUACAACGAAAGACGGUUAUCGCUGGAGGCCGACAUCGACGAUCGCAUCGAGGAUCUGGACAGUCUGAUUCCCCAGCAGGAGCCCAACAGCAAGUGCUCCCUUUUCUACCAACGACAAAGGACUCUCCUGAAGAAAGCCAAGAGCCUGACGAACGAGAAGAAGGCUCAAAAGUUGAAGGAAAAUUCGGUCAGUUGUCCUUUCGAAGAUUACGAUUAUCGUCGCGAUGAUGAAGAAUACAUCGAAGAGGUUUCAGAAGAGCCCAUUAUCAAUCUGGUUGAUAAUGGAUGCUAGGAUAUCUAUGUAUAUCCUUUUCUUUUGUUUUGAAAGCGGUGUAAAGGGUAUAAAUAUUUGAUCUCCAUGUUCCCAUCCUUAAUCCCUCCUUAAAGUUAAUAAUCCUAAAUAAAUAUUCCCCUCUUUCCGAUCA